AUGGCUACUACUGUAAAAGGUGUUGCUACUUUUAAUACACUUAAGGUUAUCGCAUAGCCGGGCUCUACAAAUGUUCUUCUAAGACUUUAUUCUCCUAAUAUCCAAGAUGAAUACAUUAAGUCAUUCUACUUUAAAGACAAUAAUACCUCAUCAGAUAUCAAUGAUCAAUAUAUAAUGAUUGAUUUCAGAUAUUGUAUUGAAGAUGCUAAAUAUGUGAGGAAGGAACAUACUCUAUAACAGAGAAUUCCUAAGAAUGUGAUUACUGCCCUCGAUAAUCAUAUUGCCCUGGUGUCCAGUUCUGAUAUUUUGUGUGCAGUCGGAUAUCAAGGAAAUCUAUGCCAUAAAUGCUCAGUUAAUCAAGGCUUAAAAUAUGCAAAAUAUGGGUAAAAUGAAUGUGUUGAGUGCUAAGAAAAUGCCCUUAAUAUUCUUUUCAUUAUCGGACUUUUUCUUAUAUUACUGUACUUGACCUUUUUGAUCUACACUAAUAUGAAAUUUAAAGAUGAUAGAUAAAUCUCAGUUAUAAUGAGGAUAUUCACAAAUUAUUUGUAAAUGACAGCUUAUUUGAGUAGCAUCAACUUAGAUUGGCCUAUAAAUUUGAAAUAGUUUUAUUAAAUGUUUAUCUAGGUAGGCUAAUCGUAUGAAAGUAUUAUGUCAGUUGACUGUUUCAUGAUUAAUACAGUAGCUAAAAAUAAUUAUGAUGAUUUGACAUUCUUUAAGACAGUGAUUGUUGUUUGCUCUCCGAUUGCCCUGAUAUUUUCAUAUGUUACUGCUUUUGCUUUCAUUAAAUUUUUGAAAAAUCUAAGCUUAGAAAAAUUUAAAGAUUUAUCAAUAAUGAGUAUAGUAGUUGUGAUAUAUUUUACGCAUCCAACAGUAACCAAAUAUGUGAUUAGUAAAUUUCAUUGCUUGGAACUUGAUAAUAAUGAGUUAUGGUUAAUGGAGGAUUUGUAAAUAAAAUGCUGGGAGGGAUCCCAUUUUAUUUUCGCUUUUGCUUUAGCUUUACCUUUGCUUUUGAUAUGGGUAUUAGGAUUACCUAUUAUUGGAUUCUAUAGCACUUUUAAGAGAAGAUACUAGAUUGAAAAUUAGAAAUUUAUGUAAGCAAGAUUAAAACCAAUUUGCCAAGGUUUAAAGAAGGAGUGUUUCUAUUGGGAAUUUUUUAAUGUAAUAAGAAAAGUAAUGCUUAUAUCUGUCAAUGUAUUCCUUCAAAAAUCAAUUCCCCUAUUCAAGGCAAUGUUCAUGAUAUUAUUUUCAUUUUUAUCACAAAGAUUCUAGCAGAGAAUUAAACCUUACUAGAAUCCACUUUAUAAUGAGCUGGAAUAUCGAGAAAUGCUAAGCACUUCAAUCACAUUUUUUGCUACCUUAUUCUUUGUCAAUGAAGAGAUUGAAUACGGAGUUUAAGUGAUAUUCAUGUCGUUAAUCAUUAUUUCUAACUUAUGGUUCAUUUCGUUCUUUAUUUUGUGCAUCUUAAGACAGGUUAAGCUAAAGUUUAUCUAAAAAUUCUUGAAUGUUCUUAAAAGCUUUAACAUAAUAGAUGAAAGAAUGCUAAAUGAAAAUUAAUUGAUACCCCUUUCAAAAUUAAAAAUAGGAAAAGAGCAAUUAAUUGAGUGUUCAGAAAGUCUAAAAUAAAGUGAAAUAAGCCCUAGACUUUAAUUAAAAAUCAUGGAUUAAAUCUAAACUAAAAAAUCAGCUAAGAGUACAUAAACAGGUUUUUCAUAUGCCAAUCAAAAGAGAUAAGGACCAAAAAAACAGAGAAAAACAAAAUAAAAUAAUAAUAUUUCAAAAGGACAUCAAGAUUCAGCCUUAUAAGAUUUUUUUCACUAGCCAAGUAGAGAAAUCAAUGCGAAUAAAGAUAAUUCUAAUGAUAUAGAAGCUUGCUAAUAGAGCUAAGAAAUUGUUGUUUCCGAUAAUACAGAAAAUUUCUAAGAAGGCUUUAUGCUUAAUUUCAUUAGCAAUUUAAAAUAAAAGAACUAAAAGCAAAAACAUAAAUCUACAAUAGAUAUUGAUAAACUGAUUAAAUUAUAAAGUGUUAAGGCUCGAAAGAUUGAUAGUAUGGCUCUUAAGUCUAAAAUAUCAUAAAAAUUAUCAAUAGGAAAAAAGAUGUGA